UCCAAAAUAGGUGACAUUUUAGCCCUAGUUACAGAGCUUGGACACAGAUGGAUAAAAUGGUGUCAUUGACGCAAACUGGCGAAACGUCGAACAGAAUGUGCAAACGGAGGAAAAUGAACAGCGGUUCUCAAUCCCCAUCAAGAGAGAAUUUAUCACCACACGGAGACCAAAGCAAGGAGACUUCGUGCACCCCUGUGAGGAGACCGCGGCCGGAGAGGGUCAGAAAGCAAAACAUAAUUUCUAAACUGUCAGACUCUGGUUUCGAAGAGGACUUUCUAUCUCCAACCCCGACCCCAUCGCCGGUUCGGAAAAAUCAGUGUCCGGUAACAGUUGAAGACGCAUUGGCACCGGGGAAUUCCAACAACAGACUGUUGUCUAAUUGGUAUCAACACUACGGCGAGAUUGGUUAUCAGAUACAGAAACUCAAAGAGCCGCAGUUUCAUCCGGUCAACUGUCUGUCUCGACAACCGCAGGUGACAGCCGAGUCACGAUGUAAGCUAGUCAGCUGGCUCAUCCCCGUACACAGAUACCUGCGUCUGUCCUUUGAGUGUUGCAGCCUGGCCGUCAACAUCAUGGAUCGCUUCCUGGCUUCCACCCCCGUGGCUGCUGACUGCUUCCAGCUGCUUGGGGUCACCGCCCUGCUGCUCGCCUGUAAACAGGUGGAGGUGUUUUCUCCUCGGAUCAGCCAGCUCCUGUCUCUGUGUUGUGAUGCGUUCUCCAGAGAACAGCUGUGUAACCUGGAAUGUCUCAUCCUGCUCCGCCUCAACUUCCGCCUGGCUGCACCAACCAUAGCCUUCUUCCUGGACUUCUACACCAAUCACAGCCUGGCUGGCCGGCAUAUGGGCGUGGACGGAGUCAGCAACGUUAGCCAUAGGCUGCCUGGGGAUAAGGAUGAGGAAGUGAAGAGGCAAAAGAGGGGCAGCAGAUUGGCUCUUAGGGUGUGUGAGCUCACUCUGGCCGACUACGCCUUCAAUAAGUACACACCUUCCCUGACUGCCCGCUGUGCUCUGGCUCUAGCCAAUCAACUGCUGAGAACCAGCCAGGGCUUAGAGGAGCCAGCCAAUCAGCUGCUGAGGAUCAACCCUGAGGGCCCUGAGGAAGAGCCAAUGGACCAAUCCCUGAGUGAUCCUGCCCACUCAGAGAACGACCAUUACCACCCAACCUUAUCUGAGACUAGUAAUCACACCUGUAUUGACAAUGACUCCUCUCUUUCAGUUGUUGGUCACCUCCUAUCUGUGAAUGACUCCACCCAGUCAAUGGAUGACCCUUCUCCAUCUGGGAACACGUCUACCCUGGUUGAGGGAGACCAGACUCAUGCUCCUCUGGCCCAGGAGUGUAGAGAGGGAGACCAUCAGACUCAUGCUACUCUGGCCCAGGAGUACAGAGAGGGAGACCAGACUCAUGCUCCUCUGGCCCAGGAGUGUAUAGAGGGAGACCAGACUCAUGCUCCUCUGGCCCAGGAGUACAGUGAGGGAGACCAGACUCAUGCUCCUCUGGUCCAGGAGUACAGUGAGGGAGACCAGACUCAUGCUCCUCUGACCCAGGAGUACAGAGAGGGAGACCAGACUCAUGCUCCUCUGGCCCAGGAGUGUAGAGAGGGAGACCAGACUCAUGCUCCUCUGGCCCAGGAAGAGGGAGACCAGAUUCAUGCUCCUCUGGCCCAGGAGUACAGAGAGGGAGACCAGACUCAUGCUCCUCUGGCCCAGGAGUGUAGAGAGGGAGACCAGAUUCAUGCUCCUCUGACCCAGGAGUGUAGAGAGGGAGACCAGACGCAUGCUCCUCUGACCCAGGAGUGUAGAGAGGGAGACCAGACUCAUGGUCUCUACCAAGAGUGUUUAGACAACCUUAGAUUGUUGGUGUCACUCAACCAGGAUGCCCUGCAGGCCAUGAUAACUCUGUGA